AUGGCCUCCAUAGGCAACGUCUCUCGUGAGAAUGCCUCUCUACAGGGUGAAGCAAAAGCUGGCACGCCGCACAUCGACUCAGCUUUUGCAACGAAAGGAUAUCCCACUAAGGAUAAGCAGAUCAACCGCAUGCUGAGUGCUCUCCGGGAGGAACACAAGACUGCGGGACGCGCUUUGAGGAAGCUUCAAGACGACAUUGAUGGUCUCGGUCAUGAGGAGGACAGUCGAAUUCGCCAGCUUGACGAGCUCAAAGCAAAGCAAAUCGAACUGAAGGAGAAAGAGUCUGAGCUUCAAGAUUACAUGAGGCGUACUUCGUCAGACAUAGUAGGAUUACAAGCAGUCCGGCGGCGGCUGGUGCAGGUCGAGAACGACACGGACACGCGCAUUACAACUAGAACCAGGAAGUCAUUUGGCAGACUUUUCGGUCGCCUCUUCCACAAGCAGCACGUGAUAGAGUCCAUCGAUAACAGCAUUCCUGUUCCCACUCUUUCGUCGACAACAUGCACCGCUCAGGACAUUGCCUUCGGUUCAAACAAGCGCAUCGAGGAAGCCAUUCAAGACAUGUAUCCAGAUCAGGAAGCCAAUCCGAAUCCUCAACAUGAGCAUGGAGCCAAUUAUUCUCGGGCACCGACAUUGGUCCAGCGAGCGCUGAGCAGAUGUACGUUCGAGAGGUCGUCAAAUGUUCCAUACCCAACAACUGCGGUCUCAGCUGAUGUGUUGUCCUCGUCGUCGCCUAGCGUUCCACGCGUCGCGAUGACUAGGCUAAUGAGCCGCCGAAUCAAGCGCAAGCCCCUCCCCAUCACGAGCGACCUUAACAUCACUUUCGAUCCCAUGCACCUUGAUCCCAUCGCCAUCGACCUGCCGCAUCAAGACAGCUACACACCGCUCUUCGUGGAUGGCAAGAUCCCUUUGGUGUGCGAGAAUCACGCGCCGGCCCAGCUCAGCACCCUGACCGCUCUAGCUGUCACUCCAGUCAGCCCCUUUAGCCCGCAUCCACCAUAUGUCUACAUUCGAGAUUCGCCUGUAUCGCCUGCGUCACCAGACAUGCCAGUCGCUUUUGAUGCCGUCGCCAGCCAGCAAGGCUUAAGCUCAGCAAGCUCCGCCACCGUCGUCUCCCAGACCGAAAAGGAGGCUCUUCCUUGCUAUCUCCAAAAUCCUCGCGGCCCUGUCUUCGACACUUGGAGCGCGAAUAUCGACCUCAUGAACGAGAAGAUUGCGCAGCCCCAGAUUUGCGCCACUGUCCAUAAGCCAAACCAGUGUAUUUGUACUCCUCCUUUUCCUUCCCUCACUCCUGCCAAUAAUUCCCCCCGGAAGCUCUGGAAGUGGAAACGCAAGUGCCCAACCUGCGACAUGGCCCUCUGCAAAUCCUGCACCAAGUCACGGAAGCGAGCACAGGUCCACAACACGAGCAAGCGCGUGCAGCGCAAAUUGCAGCGACAGUGGGACAGGGAGAACUUGUGGAAGAUGGUGGCUCCUGGAGACGACAACGGUCCAUUAUCUGCAACAGAGGACAGAGACAAUUGCCUGUGUCACAUGUACGAGGGAAGCGGAGGGAGAUUCGUAGCACCUUUCUUGCACGGGAGACUGGCGGCGGCGCGAAAGCGAGCUGGUAGAGAUGACGAGUCUUCGUUGGGGUGUGAGGAUCCAUGGCCGGGAAUGGAAUCGGAGGACGGUUUGGUGAGCUGGCAAGCAGGUGAUGAGAAGAAGGCAACGUUGCAUCCCUCCACGCUGACCAGCAUGGCCAAUCUCGACCUACCGGAAUAA